ACCCCGAAACGCCCCCGCUCCCAGUAAAUAGUCGGACCCAGGGCUGCCUCCUGGGCUGUGCCUCCUCUUCGACGCUACCUGCGUUCCUCCUCCCCGUCGCUCAGCAACGGUGGCUGCUCCUCCUCCUCCGGUGCCGUCGCAUCUCCCUCGGCCGGUGAGGGCUCGUGAAGAUCCCUUGAACUGGACAUUUUCCUGUCAAAUGUGAUACUGUUGAACUGGAGAAAAGCUUGGCACUUAGAUUUGAGGAGGCAAUCCUUGGCUGACUAAGCUGCAAACUUCAAAUUUGAUCGUCAAUGGCUCCAGUUAACAAGAGUUCAUCGUCUCGUGCUAAAAAAGAUCCCUUGCUAAAAGCUAAGCAUAAGCUUGAAAAGAAAGUUCAGUUUUUGGACAAGAUCAGAGAUACUUUCGUUUCUUUAAGUGCAGCCAAGGCAAUUGUGAAGAAAAAACGGCAUAGGGGUCAUCGGAGGAACCAAAAAGCGUAUGACCUUUCUGCUCUUGCUGAGUUUCUUCCAGAGGUAUCUAGCAGUCGAGUGCCAACUCCAACCACAUCAAAGCUGAAAUGCAAGUCUAAGCAAAAGCUAGUGGAGAAGGAAGCCAAGCAGUUAAGAGCAGUUUUAGAUCAUUCAGCAUUCCAGUCAGAUCCAGUGUCUGCCAUUCAAGAACAUUUGAAAUCAACAAUCUGUGUACAAGCAGAUCCACAGCCAAUUCGACCCAAAGAUGGGACUAAGAGAUCUGGUGAUCGAAAGCAUCAGAAAAAGCAUUCAAAGUUCAAGAAAAUCCAACCUAUGGAAAUAUCAAGAACUGUGUGACUCGGUGGCUUGAAUAUGUCCUUUCUGCACACACAGGUUUCACAUCCAAUUACAUCCCUCUUAUCUGCAUGGGGAUCAAAAUUAAGGCAAAAGAAGUCUUGUUUUGAUGUCUGGCUGGUUCAACGUAAUGGUUUUUUAAUUGAUUACAAAGCAAUGCCAGGCAGUUUUAUUUUUUCUAGUGUUUGUUGAUGUCUGAAUCACUUUGUCCCCCAUUGUCUAUGACGGCAUGCCUUUCGGUAUGAUCUAUAAAAAUGUGAUCACUUGCAAAAGCAAUCUUAGUAAUUCGUUGAAUGAAGUGCCCUUUAUGCGACUCAA